AUGGCGAGCAUUUCCACGGAGCAACAGCCGAAACCUCAAGGCACGACGCUCACCGAGCUCGCGGCCAAGGUCACCGAGCUCACCCAAACCUUUACCACCUAUCUCCAGGAGAACAACAUUCCCGAGCCCACGUUUUCCGCCGACAGCCCCACCAACUAUGCCACCCUAUCCCCCGAGAUGUUCAUGGUCCGGCAACACCUGACCGAUGCCCUCAACGAUAUGUGGUAUCUGACCCAGGGCCCCAGCGAGAGCAUCUUCAACUACGUUCACAGUGUAAUGCCCGAUGCCGCGGCGUUGAACGUCCUCAAUUACUUUGAUUUCUGGUCCGCCGUGCCCCUCGACGGCACCGCUUCCUACGCCGACUUCGCCGCCCACACCCACCUCCCGCACGAGGUCGUCUACCGCGUGCUCCAGCACGCUGUCACCCUCCGCCUCUUCGAGGAAGUCGAGCCCGGCCGAUCUUCCUCCCGCCUAAGACACACGUCCCGCUCCGCCGCCUUGGUGCGCAACCCGGGCCUCAAGGCUCUCGUGUCCACCAUCCUCGACGACGCGGGCGCCCCGCUCAUGGUGCUGAACGAGGCCCUCGCGCGCUACAGCAAGAGCAAGCCCGAGCUCACACAGGAGGUCACCGAGUCCGCGUUUGCCCUUUUCCACAAGAGCGGCAUCUACGGAAACUUUGACACCUCGUGGGAGCUGAUCGAGAAUGAUGGCGAGGGCGAGCGCAAGGGCUGGCGGCAGAGGAAUUUUGUCGAGUUUAUGAAGUACGUCAAGGAGAUCUUCCGCCUGGAAGAGACCGUGUCCGAUAGCUUCGAUUGGGCCGGUGCCGGAGAUGCCAUGGUCGUUGAUACGAGAAAAGAAUUUCACCGUUGGUGGCUCCGCCGGAAACGACGCCUUUGUGCUCGCCAAAAGUUCCCCAACCUCCGCUUCACCGUCGAGGACCUUCCCGAGGUCCAGCCCGUCUUCAACGCCGCCCUCCCCGCCGAGCUCGCCGACCGCGUGUCCUUCAUUCCCCACAACUUCUUCGACGACCAGCCCGUGCAGGGCGACAUCUACAUGUUCAAGAUGAUCUUCCACGACUGGCCCGACCACGAAGUAGGCCGCAUCCUGCGCGCCCUCAAGCCCUCCCUGAAGCCCGGCGCCCAAAUCAUCCUGCUCGAGUACAUUGGCAACCAGGGCGAGACCGACGAGCCGGACGCGUCGCGACCCCAGCUGCCCCGCUCCUACCUCAACAUGGGCACCGCGACGGACCUGCGGCUCAUGGCGCUCUUUAACGGCAAGGAGAGGGCCGUGAGCGAGUGGGAAAAGGUCAUUCGUGACGCGGAUCCCGGAUUCCGCGUCUCGGCCGUGAACCCGGACGCGCAGAGCUUCUUCACCGUGAUUCGCGCCGUGUGGGAGCCGGUGGAGGAGGUCGUGGGUCAAGUCGCCGAGGCGGAAACGCAAGCGGCCGUCGUGGACCCCGCGCCCGCUAAGGAGGCUGUCGCUACCGAGGCCGUCGCGACCGAGGCGAAGCCUAUCGAAGCGACUUUGACGCAAGGUACUCCAGCUGAGACUACCCCGGCAGAGGCUGCCCCAUUGGAGGUUGCACCAGCAGAGCCGGCUCCCGUGGAAGUUGCUCCCGUAGAGGCCACACCGGUAGAGCCUGCUCCGGCCGAGAUCCCCGUCGCUGAUGCUCCUUUGGUUGAGGCUGCCCCGGCUGAGCCCCAGCCUGCUGAUCCUACCUCGAUUGCCGCUUUGAGCGUGGAAGAUCCUCCCCUUAGCGUCCCCUCGCCUUCCCUAGCUGCGCCCGCCUCGGAGCAAGUUGCCAUUGCUCCGGAAACUUUUGUGCCUGUCCUUGAUACACCCGCGCCCGAGGCCCGAAAGGACUCCGUCGCUUCAGACACCGCGUCGGACACCUCGGUGCGCACACCCACCGAGCAGGAGAACGUUGUUCCUCCCGCGAGCGAGGAUGCCAAGGUGGGUAAUGCUAGCAACGUGCACGCUGCUGCUGAAGCUGGUGCGGAGCCGGUUGUGCUAGCCCAGGUCAGCUCGCAGUAG